UCACCUAGUAAGAAAAUGCAAAGAGGCCAACGUGGUAUUAUGCAUGUAUCUAGGACAGGAAACGCUCUUCUUACGAGAUGGGGUUUGUAAAUAUUUACAAGUUAGUACGAUAAGAACCAAUAGCGAAUACCCGGAGGCGUUCCCCUGAGCAGUCGGCUAGCUGCCUAGAUAGUUUGAGUGAAUGGUAGGGGGCAAUGAUGGAGGCUUGAUUGUGGAGUUUGUGUCAGUGUUACAUUGCUGGAAUCCACAUUCUCAUAUUGGACUAGUACGACUUCCCCGUUGAUCCUUGAAGGGAAACCAUGUUUUCUCCCUAUGUUCAGCUUCCAAGCUACCUAGCAUUGCUAACUUAAGCGACUGAAAGGUAGCUGUAGUUGGAGAUCAACCCAGGUGCUUGCCUUUUCAUUUAAAUGGUUGAUGAUACUGCACAAGUAGCAGACAAUUAUCUCGCUAGCAAGUCAUGCAACCACAUAACAGACUAGUUAACUAAGCUGCUUGCUAAACAAUUGAGGGGUUGCAAAGCAUUAGAUGAUUUCCUUAGCAACAAAAAUAAGGUUUGGGAAAGUCCUUUUCUUCAUAAUCAUGCACGAUCCUGCCAGUCUCGACUAUCAUCAGAAGAAAGAUAUCAUGCCCCCUCUUGUACUUCUAUCCUGAUGUUUUGUGAAGAUAUGCCAACUCAGCAAAAGAAGAGGAAUCUUAGCGAUACUGUUGUAUAUAUUUUUUCAUUUUAAAAUGUCAACGACGCGCGUGCAGAAGUUGCUAAAUAUUGCACGUUAAUUUAGAACAUCCGCCACCAAGAAAACACGACAAAGCAAACGAGGAGUGAAUAUCUCCGUUGAUCAAGAAAUAUGGCUUCAGUGUGGAAAAGGUUGCAACGUGUGGGAAAACAUGCAUCAAAAUUCCAGUUCGUGGCAUCUUACCAGGAACUCAUGGUGGAAUGCACAAAGAAAUGGCAACCGGACAAGCUGGUGGUGGUGUGGACCCGGAGGAGCCGGCGGAAAUCCUCCAAGUCUCAUAGUUGGCAGCCGGGGAUUAAGAACCCGUACAGAGGGGUGGUGGUGUGGCCCGUCCCCGAGAACGUGGAGAUCACCGUCACUCUGUUUAAGGACCCUCAUGCAGAAGAAUUCGAAGACAAGGAGUGGACGUUCGUAAUUGAAAAUGAGUCUCCCUCCGGGCGGCGCAAGGCCCUGGCCACCAGCAGCAUCAACAUGAAGCAGUACGCCAGCCCCAUGCCCACGCAGACCGACGUCAAGCUCAAGUUCAAGCCGCUAUCCAAGAAGGUGGUCGCCGCCACGCUCCAGUUCUCCCUCUCCUGCAUUUUCCUGCGAGAGGGGAAGGCCACGGACGAGGACAUGCAGAGUCUGGCCAGCCUGAUGAGCAUGAAGCAGGCCGACAUCGGCAACCUGGACGACUUCGAGGAGGAGAACGAGGAGGACGAGGAGAACCGGGUCAACCAGGAGGAGAAGGCUGCGAAGAUCACAGAAAUAGUAAACCAGUUGAACGCCCUCAGCAGCUUAGAUGGGGAUCCUGAUGACUGCCUAAAGCAAGCAAAUAAGCCGUCCGCUAAAUCGGCCAGCUCUUCUGAAGAGCUCAUAAGCAAGCUGAACUUCCUGGAGGACGAGGAGCCGGGCGCUCCGGGCGUGAGCUCCAACCCCUUCCAGGACCCCGACGACGCGGCCGAGCUCAACCCGUUCGGAGACCCUGACGAGGAAGAGCCCGUCUCCAGAUCCUCCUUCCAGGCCAGAGUGAAGGAAGAGGAGCUCUUCUUUGAUCAGGACUCCUCGAACCCUUUCGGCGAGCCGGAGCCCGAGGCCCCGCAGUACCUGAACCCGUUCGACGAGCCGGAGCCAGAACCAGAACCGGAACCAGAACUGCCGCCGGAGAGGGGCUGGGGGGACGGCCGGGCGGGGCAGCCCUCCCCCAAACCCGCCAAGCGGAAGAAUGUACGGCCCGUGGACAUGAGCAAGUACCUCUAUGCCCACACGGCCCGGGCACAGGAAGAGGAGGAGCUGGAAGAAUCCAACCCCUUUUUCGAGGCCUGCACCUCCAGCCCCGCCGGACGCCCCUCCCCCGAACCCAGCGUGGAGAGGAGGCAGAAGAGGACGGCCCCCGCCCCCCCCACCGUGGCGCCCGCGCCCCCAGCACCAAAGACGGCCCCAGAGAGGCCAACGGGCGGACUCGCCGCUGUAUCGUCUGUGGUGGGGAGAGAGCUGGCCUCUUCCUCCCCUAAGCCGAGCCCCAUCCCUAGCCCUGUGUUGGGGGGGAAGCCCAAUGCCAGUCAGUCCCUGCUGGCCUGGUGUAGGGAGGUGACUAAGAACUACCGCGGGGUGAAGAUCACCAACUUCACCACCUCCUGGAGGAACGGCCUGGCCUUCUGUGCCCUGCUGCACCACUUCAGACCCGACUACAUAGACUACAAAUCCCUCAGUCCUCAGGAUAUAAAGGAGAACAACAAGAAGGCGUACGACGGCUUCGCCAGCCUGGGCAUCUCGCGGCUGCUGGAGCCGGCGGACAUGGUGCUGCUGGCCAUCCCGGACAAGCUGACGGUGAUGACGUACCUGUACCAGGUGCGCGCGCACUUCAGGGGCGAGGAGCUCAACGUGGUGCAGAUCGAGGCCAACAGCAGCCGCAGCACCUACAAGGUGGGCGACUUCGAGACCGACACCAACAGCUCCAUCGACCAGGACAAGUUCUACGCCGAGCUCGGCGACGUCCACCGGGAGGCCGAGGAGGCGCCCGCGGGCGGCACGCCCAACGGGGCGGGAGGAGCGCCGCUGGACGAGGAGGCGGAGCCUGUGGGAGGCGCCGCGGCGUCUCUGCCCGCCCCUGCCCCGGGCGGGCCGGCGGGGGACCGCCCCCAGGCCGUUCCCGCUCCGCCUUCCCUUGCCGCCGCCGCCGGCGCCGCCGGGUCGCCGCCGGCCCCCUCGUCGCGGGCCUUUGACCCCGCCCCGGCCGGGAGAACCGCGAGCGGGAUCGUGGUGCGGGACGCGGCGCUCACCGUUUCGGCCCCGAGCCGGAGGAGGCUGCCCAAGGCCGACCCCGCGGACCUGAGCGAGCUGCAGGCCAGGGCGGAGCUGAGGGCGCCCUCUCCUCCAAUCACACUGCACCACGCCGUGGACAGACAGGCCAGAGAGCGGGCCGAGGAGGCGGACUCCGUUUCCCCCGCCCACAGGGCGGGGUCCUCCACGUCCGUGCCCCCCAAAGCGGCCUCCUCCUGCGAGCGGGACGAUGACCUCACCAAGCAGAAGGGCGCCGGUCUGCGCCACUCUGACUCGGACGCCACUGCUGACGCCAGCGCCCCCGGCAACCACACAGACACGCCCACCAAGCCCGCACAGGAAGUUGCCACUAGUCAGCUACCGAACGCCACAGAAGAGAAGAAGGCGCAGUCCCGGCAGGAGGAGCUGAAGGAAAGAGCCAGGCUUCUGCUGGAGCAGGCCCGGCGCGACGCGGCCCUGAAGGCCGGGGGCAAGCACACGGCCUUCGCCAGCGCCCUGCCCCGCCCGCCGCACUGCACCGACGAGCAGGAUGAGGAGCGGCGCAGGCAGCUGCGGGAGAGAGCGAGGCAGCUGAUCGCGGAGGCGCGGUCGGGGGUGAAGAUGGGCGAGUCCCUGUUCUCCAGCGAGACCACGGCGGCCGCGGCAGACAGAUCGAAGGGGAGGUCGAAGGCGACCGGAGAUUUUGUAGAGGAGGAGGAGGAGGAUGAGGAGGGAGCUGGGGAAGAGCAGAAUGGUGAUGCCGAGGAUGCUGCUGCCAUUAAUGCUGAACAUACUAACCCAGAGGAAGCUCCUGCCUGCUCUUACCUAGAGGAAGCCGAUGGUCUUACUAACCCCAGCACUGAUUUUGCCUUUCUUGGUGCGCAGAACAGCCGGCAGGCCGAGCUCAAGCUGAGGAGGCUCCAGGAGGCGCGGCCGGCGCAGACGGCAAACUCCUCCUCUUCCUCCUCCUCCUCCCCCACUGGCUCCUCCCCCUCGUCCUGUAGCCCCGGAGACCGGCCGGAGCAGGAGGGCCUGCAGAGCGAGGAGGAGGAGCUGCGAGCCGAGCGUCUGCGCAGGGCGACGGAGCGACUGCGCAGCCCCGUGGUGUUCGGCAAGGAGUCUGCCGUCAGGAAAACGCAGCUCAAGUCCUUCAGCCAGUACGUGGAGACCAGGCCAGAGGUAAAAAGGCAAAGAUCAGUACCUGAAGAUUCAAAGAGAGCGAGCGAAGAGAGAGGUCCAGUGACAGAACCGGAGCGAAAGCCAUCUGAAGAUGAAAAAGCUUUCAAAGACACCAGUCAGUAUGUUGUGGGGGAGCUGGCCGCGCUGGAGAGCGAGCAGAGGCAGAUAGACUCGCGGGCGUCGCGGGUGGAGAGGAGGCUGCGCUAUCUCAUGGACACAGGGAAUAAUAAGGUAGAAGAAGAGGCCAUGAUGCAGGAGUGGUUUGUGCUUGUGAACAAGAAGAACGCCCUUAUCAGGAGACAGAACCAGCUCUCUCUUCUGGAGAAAGAGCAUGAUCUGGAGCGACGCUUUGAGCUGCUGAACCGGGAGUUAAGAGCAAUGCUGGCGAUUGAAGACUGGCAGAAGACCGAGGCUCAGAAGCGCCGGGAACAGCUGCUGCUGGACGAGCUGGUCAUACUGGUCAACAAACGAGAUGCCCUGGUCAGGGACCUGGACGCCCAGGAGAAGCAGUAA